GUUUACACCGCGAAUGGCACAGCGCAAUAAUUCAGCAGCAAAUCAGCACAAGUCUCUCCCCAUGCAGAGGCAGUUUCAUAGCGAAUUCAGUGCAGCACGUUUGCUUGUAAAUAACGCAGUUGUACAGGACUUACGCAGAUCGAAAAUUAAUUAACCGAAUAAUCAACAACUCAUCAUUAUUCAGAUUGAGGAAGUGUGUGUGGAUUGUGAUAACACCUGAUUAAUCCAUAAUACGCAGUUGUUGAAGUGAGGAUUGGGGCAGAGCCGGGGGACAGGGGAAACGGUCGUUUUUAUGAUCGUCUUGCCGUUCGCCGGGUUCUGCUUUUUGGACUUGUUCUCCUAUUGAAUAAUUCACCGGAGCUUCUCCAAUUAAUCAAUACAUAUUGUGCAACGACAUUGUGAAUUGUGGUGGCAGAUCCAGGGAAAAUAAGCUGUGGAAAAUGUCUCAGAGGGAUACCGUCAUACAUCUUGUUGCCGGCGGGGUGGCAGGGACUAUGGGCGCAAUUGUGACCUGUCCCCUCGAAGUUGUCAAAACACGACUGCAAUCCUCGACGUCUGGCUUCUAUCCACCCCCAAAUAAUGGAGAAUUCACGUCAGGACAAUUCACGUGUAACGGGUUCCCACCGAAACAACAGAGAAGGAAAUUGUGCACUGGGGGAUCCACAAGGUAUGCCUUCGUAGCACUUUCGCAUUGUGGUGCUCCACCUCCACCCAACACUGGACAAGUGAGUCCAGGAUUAAUCGAGUGUCUGAGGUACAUAAUUAAGUACGAGGGUCUCAGAGCACUUUUCAAGGGUCUAGGUCCCAAUCUCGUGGGGGUGGCACCCUCAAGGGCUAUAUAUUUCUGCACAUAUUCCAAGAGCAAGGGUUUCUUCAACUCAUUACUACCUCCAGACAGUCCAAUGGUCCACGUGUGCUCCGCUACAUGUGCCGGGUUUGUUGCAUCCACAGCGACUAAUCCUAUUUGGUUUGUCAAGACGAGACUGCAGCUGGAUCACCACGCAAAACACACGAGGGCAAUCGAUUGUAUCAAGAGGAUAUAUCAGCAAUCGGGUUUUCUUGGAUUUUACAAAGGCAUCGUGGCCUCGUACGUUGGCAUAAGUGAGACAGUAGUUCAUUUCGUUAUUUAUGAAGCGGUUAAAGCCUGGUUGAUAACGCACAGAUCCCGAGUGCCAACAGACAACGAUGGAUCAAAAAUGGGACGUGAUUUUAUCGAAUUUAUGGCAGCGGGGGCCAUGUCCAAAACAGUUGCAUCUUGCAUUGCCUAUCCACAUGAAGUGGCAAGAACGAGACUGAGGGAAGAGGGCACCAAAUACAGAACCUUCUGGCAGACCCUGAAUGUCGUCUACAUGGAGGAGGGUCCCAGGGGCCUUUACAGGGGUCUCACCACCCAGUUAGUCCGCCAGAUACCGAACACAGCAAUAAUGAUGGCAACCUACGAGGCCGUUGUCUUCAUUCUCACCAGACAGUUCCAGGGGACAUCCACGAGCCCUGGAAAGACCUCGACCACUCAGUUCUACGCGGAGAACAAAAGCAAACGCGAACUCGCCUAGGGGACACCUCUCGAUUUUAAUAAUUAUUCUCUCGAGCUUUGUCAUUGUGGCUUGAAGUGGUGAAACGUGAGUCGAUAUAUCUCAGGAUUCUGAGAAAUUAUUUAGGAUAAUUUGUGGAGAAAUAGACGAAAUUCUGUGGAGAUACUUUGAUUUUUUUUAUUAUUACGUUUCACUAUUUCGGAGAAUUAUUAUGAAUGAUUAUGAAAAUGAGAAUCCAAGGGAAUUUGAAUGAACACGAUUUAUUUUGUGUAUAUAAUGCAGUUACAGUAGAAUCUACUAGUGGGUUCGUUGUCCAGUCAGCUUUAUUUAUGUUGUACAUAACUUCUGUAUAGACUUGAGGAUUUUAUUAUGAAAGUAUUAUGAGAGUGAUAGUUUAUGUGAGGAUAUUGGGCUGAUGUGACAGAACUAUUGGAUUGUCCUGGGGAUUUGGGGAAUGUGCUGUGAUUAAAUAUGUGAUUCCUUGGGGGUAGAUUAAAUUAUUGAAGAAGGCAGGAGUGAAAGAGGAUUUGUAUGGAUCAAUGAUUUGAGAUGGUUUUGGAAUAUCUGCGUUCGGUAUUUCUUACAUAUUUAAUUUUGCACAUUCGUGGGGACUAAUAAAAAAAGAUGCACGUACGGAAAAAUUUGGGAGAAAAAACUACCUCGUAGAAUUUGAUUGAUUUCUUUUAUUCUUUUUUAAUUAAAUCCAUGUAAAGUUCAAUCGAAUUUUCUGGGGACACAGAUUUUGUUUAAAGGAAAUUAUUCAUACGUGUUUGACGGGUUAUGGGCCACUUUAAUGCAGAUUUAGUUAUCCUAGUCGUUGAUGAGUCAUCUCGAUAGUCUUUACGAUGUUCUUCCUCGAAUCCGUCGAUUAGAGAAGUAGGGACAACAGAUUCUGUGAUUUUAGUUGUUCUUUUCAUGGGAAUUCCCGAGGGCUUUAUAAUAGUUCAUGAAUAAUGGAGUAAAAUCAUUUGGAGAGUUAUUCUAAUGAGGAAUUGAAAUUUCUUCCUGUUUCAAAUGACAGCUCAACUCCUCGAAGAAUUCAUAAACCAACGAAUAUUGAAAUCAUAUAUAUUUUUCAACAGAAGGCAUGAUGAGUGACAAAAUGAAAGAUUGCUUAGUUUUAUGAAAGACUGAAUUAAUUAUAUUGUACUUAGUGCGUAUUCAACAUUGGACAGCUGUUGAUAACUGCAGUGCGGUUGGAAUUUUAUAGAUUAUUGAAGGAGCAAGUGGAUUUAUCUUUUUUCUUACAUUCAUCACAAAUGUUUCUAUGAUUUAACUGUUUUUUCUUCCCUUAAUGAUAGUAAGUGCGGACCUCAGUAGUUUGGUGGAUGAGACUUUUUUUCUCGUAAUCACCAGUUUGUGGUACGAGCAUGUCAUGAUUGUACUCGGAGGACGAAUGAUUGUGAAUAUCUUUCACUGAAAUUGUAUUACCUUGACGUUUAUCCUAAGUUCUAACAACCCUUAUGUUAAAUUGCUGUAAUUUAUAGAGAAAAAUAGAUUUAAAUAAACAUGGAAAUUAGGAUUCAGAAAA